AUGGCCGAUGCCGCAGCAGGGCUGGGUGACAUGGAAAGUAGUGAACCGAAAGUGCGAACCCCAGCGACCCGACUGCGCAAGUUCAUCACCCGUCUGCUCCUCGGCCUGCUUCUGCUAGUCCUACUUCUGAUCAUUAUCCUCGUAAGUGUCUACUGCGUUGCACCGGACGUUUUUAAUGCGUACUGCAUAAUCGUUGACGCUGGAUCAACAUCGACAAAGAUUACCCUGUUCCGAUGGCGCGACUUCCCAUUUCGAUCCAAUGGGUGGGUUAAGCAAGUGAAUCACACAAAAACAAAAAAGGGUAUCUCGGCCUACGCGCAGAAUCCGGAGGAGGCAUCCGCAUCGCUGGUGCCCGUCAUAAAGCAGCUGCUGGACGCAAACGUGCCCAAGGCAAGACGCAAGUCAACCAGACUCUUCCUUGGUGCGACUGCUGGCAUGCGCCUACUAAAGUGCGUUCUCCCUUCUCUUAAUUGA